GUGGGACAGCGUGACUGAAGCCCCCGUUUAAAACAGUGAGCGCCUCCAUCGUCCACAUGACAAUACAGCGCAGGCAUGGCCACCUCCAGUCUCAACUCUAUCAGGGUCAGAUUGUACUUUGAUUAUCCUCCUCCCGCGACGCCUGAAUGUCGGAUGUGUUGGUUGCUGGUGGAUUUAAACAAAUGCCGAGUUGUUGCAGAUCUCUCCAGCAUCAUAAAAGAAAAGCUCGGCUACAGCCGUAGGACUAUUUUAGACUUGUUUAUUGAGGAUUGCUACCUGCCUUCCACAGAAAGUGUUUAUAUCGUACGUGAUAAUGACGGUAUAAGGGUGAAGGUAUCCAGUCCUGUUUAUAUUAAUGGAGAAGAGGCUUACCAGAGCUGUGAAGCACAAAACUCAAAGACCAAGAAAAGAGGGAGAGAGGAUGAGACGCAGAUCUGUGAAGGUCUAACUAAAAAAAAGAAGCAUGCAGAUGCGCAAAUCAAUAACUCUGCUCCAGUAGAAGAUCCCAAGAAGAAGAAGAAGAAGAAGAAAGAGGUGAAAGAGUCAUCCACCAAACCUGCCACCCCUCAAAAGAACAUUGAAACCCCCUCUUCUACUAAAAACAACAGAGAAAGCACUUUUGCUGUCCCUGCCAGUGACAAAACAACUCGUACAAAGACUCGCCAACCAACGUCAAGUUCUUCGGACAGCAGCGAGGACGAGUCUCACAAUAAGGCUCCUCCACCAAAACCUAAACCCAAGCAGAAAGACGCUGCCAAAAAGCCACGGAAAGAAAGCACAUCGUCGGAUUCGUCGUCUUCAGAUGACACAGAGAAAACCAAAAGCAACGUUCCUGCACCGCCACUUCCUGUUACUCCUAAACUAUCUAGCACAACCUCAAAACAUCCGCUUCAGACCCCACAACGUAGCGAGAGCCCCACAGAUUCCUCCUCCUCCUCCUCAUCGUCACCCACUCAAGUCAAACCUACAGCUAAAAAAUCACAAGUAGCUACUCCGCCCUCCUCAACUACAAUUCAGUCCGUCUCAUCUUCUGUGUCUCAAAAGCCCCAGGAUGAGGCCGAGAGCUCAGACUCGGACGCCAGUGAAAUAGAGCUUGUGAUUAAGAAGCCAAACCUGCACGGAAUGGGAUUGAGAAUUGCUGGUGUGAGCCCCGGGUUUAAUGAGGCAGCAGGCAGGGACCGAGGAAACACAAGAGGCCAGGAGAGAGGCAGAGGUCGAGGAGCGAACCGAGGCAGUGGGAGAGGAGGUUUUGGUAGAGCCAAGGGCACACCAUGGAAACAGGACUUUCAUUUCAGCUAUGAAAAUGGCGAGCGGCAGAAACAGAACGAUUCUCUGACUAAUGAAAGCUUUAUUCUGCAGAAUCCACCUGAAAUAGCUCCCAAACGGGACUACGCAGCUCUACCCUUGCUGGCAGCUCCUCCUGCAGUGGGCCAGAAAAUUGCCUUUAAGCUUUUGGAGCUGACCGAGAACUACACACCAGAGGUGUCUGAUUAUAAAGAAGGGAAGAUUAUUGCAUUCAAUCCUCAAACCAAAGUGAUGGAGCUUGAACUUUUCUCUCAACCUCAAGCUCCAGCUGAGCCUGGCAAGUUUGACCUGGUGUAUCAGAACUCUGAUGGAUCUGAGAGAGUGGAGUAUGCCGUCACACAUGGUUCACAGCUGACUGAGCGCUGGGAUUCUCUUCUGGAGCCCCGGCUCAUUGUGGAGAAUGUUGGAUGAUGGUCAUACAAAACGUGUUACCUGAGCCAGACCUAUACGGACAGCCUUUUUAUUUUAAUGCUGUUUUGCUGAAACAGCUCAUUUCCAUACAAUUGUAUUAACUUUUUUUUUUUUAUUCCCAAUGUCAGUUAAAUAAAUAGUUUUUU